AUGGCGCGAGAGAGGAAAAAAAAAGAUAUUCCAGAGUCCAACCAAAAAAGAAGGAAAAAAGAAAAUAUCUUCGACAUUUGGUCCACUUUUUCCUCUUUUUCAGAGGAAAAAAAGGUAAAACUCAUCCAUUUUUGGAUCGAUCGCGCGACGCUUCAUUUUUUCUUUGUUGUUGUGUUGUCUUGGUUUUGUUGUUUGUGGCGGGAAAAAAUCAACCGACCGAGAAUGAAGAGACGAGAGAGAGGAGAGAGAGGAAAAGAAAACUUUACACGACACCAUCGUCGUCAGUCACAAUCGCGGGACUCAUUGGAGAGCAACAAACAGCACCAGAAGCAUCAGAUGAUGAUGACAAUGACGAGGAACAGGACGACGACGACGACGACGAAGAAGACAAUGCGUUUUCUUCUUCUCGCGUUUCUUCUGUGUUUCUGUUUCGCGACCACUUUCGCGUUUGGAGAAGAACCACAAUCAAAACAACAACAACAACAACCGAAACUAGGAUUACCGAACGGUGAAGUCAUCGAACUCAACGAUAGUAAUUUUGAUAAGUACGUCAACAAAGGAACUGCCGAGCAGUUGCCGGUGAUAAUAGACGUCUACGCGACGUGGUGCGUUCACUGCAAACAGUUAGAGCCGGUCUGGCGAGAACUCGCGCGAGAGUUACAAUCGGAAGUGUACGUGGGGAAAAUCGACGGGGAGAAAGAGCGCGCGUUAGCGAAUCGAUUGAGCGCGAACAAAGGGUUUCCGACGAUUAUCUUGCUGCACCAGAAUAAAAUGCGCUUUUAUUCAGGCGAGCGAAGCGUGGAGAAGUUGACGCACUUUUGCCGAAAAGGUUGGAGAGAGGUGAAACCAGAACCGUGGCACAAGACGGCGAAUAACUGGUUCGGACAGAUUUUUGGGUUGGUGCACAAAGUGCCCGGCGUAUUGAAAGGCAUGUAUUCGCAAUUCUCAAAGGAUUACUCGGACACGCAGAUUUUGUUCAUGGCGUUGUCAGUACCCGUGGUGAGCGGAAUGUUGUUGAUUUGGGUGGCGGAUGCGAUUACGGUGCGAAGAACAGUUUCUAGAUCUAGACGGUACGUCGCCGAACAAGAAUUGAUAAGGAGACGCGCAGCGCAAGCCGCAGCUCACCCGCACGCGGAGUAG